ACAAACAGGAAAUGCCUAGCCCGGCUGCUGCUCUUGCAGAUGCAGAGGGGACCAGAGGCAGUUGCAGCGCACUGAGCUCUUCUCCCUAACAGGCACCGUGUGAACUACCGAGCUACCCAAGGGAUCUGCUGCCCCCCGGCCCUGUCCUCCUUCACGGGCUAUCCUUGUCACUGCAGCCAUGGGCUCCCAGCCCCUCCGUAGCAGAAGCCCAGGUGUCGCUGUCCCAUGCGGGAUUCUGACAGCUCUGCUUCACCUCUGUGCAUCUUUCAAUGUUGAUGUCAAAAAUGCAAUGACGUUCAGUGGCUCUGUGGAGGACAUGUUUGGGUACACGGUUCAACAGUAUGAAAAUGAGGAAGGAAAAUGGGUACUUAUUGGUUCUCCAUUAGUUGGCCAACCCAAGAAGAGAACAGGAGAUGUCUACAAAUGCCCUGUAGGGAAGGGCAAAUCACCUUGCAUAAAACUGAACCUACCAGCUAACACUUCAGUUCCUAACGUUGUGGAAGUAAAAGAGAACAUGACUCUUGGAACAACUUUAGUGACUAACCCAAAAGGAGGCUUUCUGGCUUGUGGGCCACUCUAUGCUUACAAAUGUGGGCAUUUGCAUUACACAACUGGCAUCUGUUCUAACGUCAGUUCCACAUUUGAAGUUGUAAAUGCCAUUGCACCAUCUGUACAAGAAUGUAAGGCCCAACUGGAUAUUGUCAUAGUUCUUGAUGGUUCUAAUAGUAUUUACCCAUGGAAGAGUGUCACAGAUUUUUUAAACAGCCUUCUGGAAAAAAUGGACAUAGGCCCUCAACAAACACAGGUUGGAAUUGUUCAAUAUGGGCAAGAGGUAGUCCAUGAAUUUAGCCUCAAUACUUACAUGACAACAGAUAAUGUACUGAUUGCAGCCAGCGCGAUAAAGCAAAGAGGUGGAGCACAAACUAUGACAGCCCUUGGAAUAGAUACAGCAAGGAAAGAGGCAUUCACUGAGGCUCGUGGUGCACGAAGAGGAGUAAAGAAAGUAAUGGUUAUUGUGACUGACGGGGAAUCGCACGACAAUUACAAAUUAGCAAACGUGAUUGAGGACUGUGAACAUGAAAACAUUCAGAGAUUUUCUAUUGCCAUUCUUGGUAGCUACAGCAGAGGAAAUUUAAGUACAGAGAAAUUUGUGGAGGAAAUAAAAUCAAUUGCAAGUGAACCUACUGAAAAGCAUUUCUUCAAUGUCUCAGAUGAAUUAGCUCUUCUUAGUAUUGUUGAAGCACUUGGAGAGAGAAUAUUUGCCCUAGAAGCUACAACAGACCAGCUGGCAGCCUCGUUUGAAAUGGAAAUGUCUCAAGCUGGCUUCAGUGCUCAUUAUUCCCAGGACUGGAUCAUGCUUGGAGCGGUUGGAGCAUAUGACUGGAAUGGGACAGUAAUCAUGCAAAAAGACAACAUGGUUUUAAUGCCAAGAAAUGAUACAUUUCGUGACAAGUCUUCAGAAAGAAAUGAACCUCUUGCAGCUUAUCUAGGAUACACUAUAAAUUCAGCAUCAACACCUGGAGAUGUGCUAUACAUUGCUGGGCAACCUCGCUAUAAUCACACAGGCCAAGUUAUCGUUUACAAAAUAGUAGGAGGAGAUGUAAAAAUACUACAGCGAUUAAAUGGAGAACAAAUUGGGUCAUACUUUGGGAGUGUUAUUACUACAAUUGACGUCAAUAAAGACUCAUUUACAGACACUCUGCUAGUUGGAGCUCCUAUGUACAUGGGAACUGAAAAAGAGGAACAAGGAAAAGUGUAUGUGUAUUCUUUGAACAAGACAACAUUUGAAUAUCAGAUGAGCCUUGAACCUAUGAAGCAAACUUGCUGUUCAUUGUUAAAGCACAGCUCCUGCAAAAAUCACAAGAAUGAACCUUGCGGUGCGCGCUUUGGGACUGCAAUUGCUCCAGUAAAGGACCUCAACCUUGAUGGGUUUAAUGAUAUUGUAAUAGGAGCGCCUUUAGAGGAUGAUCAUCGAGGAGCUGUGUACAUAUAUCAUGGCAAUGGCAGUAGUAUAAGGAAAGAAUAUGCCCAGCGUAUUCCAUCAGGUGGAGAUGGGGAAAAAGUGAAAUUUUUUGGUCAGUCUAUACAUGGAGAAAUGGAUUUAAAUGGUGAUGGUCUAACGGAUGUCACCAUUGGAGGCCUUGGUGGUGCUGCCCUCUUUUGGUCUCGUGAUGUAGCUGAAGUAAAUGUUUCCAUGAAUUUCACACCCAAUAAAAUCAAUAUAGAAAAGAAAAACUGUAAUACAGAUAAAAAAGAGACAGUAUGCAUAAAUGUCACAAUUUGUUUUGAAGUCAGACUAAAGUCUAAAGAAGAUACAAUAUAUGAAACCAGUAUACAGUAUUGGGCUACACUUGAUUCACAAAGACGGCUACCUCGAAGCUUGUUCAUGGAAAGUCAAGAAAGGAAGAUACAAAAAAAUAUCACUGUCAAAGGGUCAGAAUGUAUUAAACAUAACUUCUACGUGUUGGACAAGCCUGAUUUUCAGGACUCUGUAAAGUUUUUGUUGGAGUUCAAUUUUUCCGACCCAGAGAAUGGUCCAGUUCUCGAUAGUGACCAGCCGAACGCAGUGUAUGAAUAUAUUCCUUUCACAAAAGACUGUGGAAUCAAAAAUAAAUGUAUUACAGAUCUGGUUCUGAAUAUAACAGCAAGUAUAGCUGGAGACAGUUCCCCUCCAUUCAUCAUAAAGUCAAGCAAUGAUAAGUUCAACGUGUUACUGUCUGUCAAGAAUAAAAAAGACAGUGCCUAUAAUACCAGAGUCUUAGUAAAGUACUCUCCAAACAUUAUUUUUGCUGGAAUUGAGGAUAUACAGAAAGAUAGUUGUGAAUCCAAUCACAAUAUUACCUGUAAAGUGGGAUACCCUUUCCUAAAGUCUGGAGAAGAGAUUUCUUUCAGAAUAGUAUUCCAAUUCAAUGCUUCUUAUCUUCUGGAAAAUGCUACUGUUCAAGUGUAUGUAACAAGUGACAGCGAAGAACCACUUGAGACCCUGACUGACAAUGGAGGAGACAUUAGAAUCCCAGUAAAAUAUGAAAUAGGAUUAAAAUUUUUCAGUAAUUUCAAAGAUCCCAAAGAAUGCCAUAUUAUAAUUGCAGCAAAUGAUACAGUUCCUGCUUAUAUUAAUACAACUGAAAACAUUGGGGAUGAAGUUAACAUAAAAUAUACGAUUGAAAAAGGUGAACACUUUCCAGUGCCACAACUCACUCUACAGAUUUCAUUCCCCAACUUGACUUCAUCCAAAAACCCCAUUCUCUACCUAACUGGAUUGUCAUCUUCAGAUAAUGCAGUCUGCCAAACCAGUCACCCUAUAAAUCCAUUCAAGAUCAACUCUGGGAUGCAGUUUGAUCUGGCAAAAAUAAAAGAACCUACAAAAGAUACAGUGAUGGACUGUGAUACAUACAACUACGCAUCUAUUAACUGUACUUUGGCCCCAUUUGAUAUAACUCAAGUGAACAUUUCAUUAAGAUUAUGGAAACCUACCUUUAUAAAAGCAAGUAUUCACAGUUUAAAUUUCAGUGUAAGAGCAUUACUUCAGAGUGAAAACUCAUCACUGAUUUUGAGAGGAACCAAUCAAAAACAAGAGAUCAUGAUUAUAAUUUCAAGAGAACUUCACCCUGGCAGCAUCCCUUUAUGGGUCAUUUUACUGAGUGCCUUUGCUGGACUCUUGAUUCUUGCACUUCUUAUAUUUGCACUGUGGAAGGUUGGAUUUUUCAAAAGGCCACUAAAGAAGAAAAUGGAGAAAUAAAGAAUUCUACCAAAGGAGAAUAUGUUGCAAUUAAACAAUGAUCUGUCCUCAUAUCUGCCUCAAAUAUAUGACUGUAAAGCUAUAAAUAUAGUUAUAAAUGUGAUGGUCACAACAUUUUCUAAACUCCAUCAUGGACUAAUCAAGGUGUUUAUUAAAAAGAGAAAACAACAACAACAAACAAAUCAAGUAUAUAGGUGGAUGUUAAAAAGGGAAAACAACAACCCUAUAGUAUUUUGUAAUAUGUUGGGAAAUACCUUUAGCUGUUACUCAUUUUUGGAGAGUAAUUCCAUUUUAAAAUUCUGGGUUGUUUUGUAUAGGGAGAAUAGUCUAUUCAUAUUUUUUAUCAAGUGAAAUAAUUCUUCAGCCCAAAUUAUGCAAGAAACCAAGUUGUAAGUAGUAAUCAUAAUCUCUUUACCACAUGUUCCUUAUUUUCAAAAGAACAAAGUAUUCAAAAGUCAUUUCUCACAAUGGACUGGCAAUUGGCUAAGCCAGACUUUCAAACCUUGAGCAUGCACCAAAUGCAGUCAGGUAUAUUUGACAAAGGGAUAAUCCAGAGGAAAGGGGCAAUUGCAGAGCUUGCAUGAAACUUGCAAUUCCAAGGGCUUUUCUUCCCUCUUAACGUAGUUCAUCCAGAUGUAGAGAUGGCCAUUCCAUGAAAUAAAUGUCUAUUAACAAAACUAUUCAGGAUUGAUCCCUUAAGUCAUACAAGUGUCUGAACCAGAAUCUGACUUUUUAGCCUGUAAAAUUAUGCUCACAAUAAUUACAAGCACAGCUGAUUGCACAUUGUUUGCAAAUAAGCAGAUGCACAUUUGGACUCUCAAAGUGAUGUGCCCAGCCAGAGGCGGCUCCAGGCACCAGUGCAGCAAGCGGGUGCCUGGGGCGGCAAGCCACGGGGGGCGGCCUGCCAGUCACUUCGACGGUGCCAGACAGGCAGUCUUCGGCGGCUUGCCUGCGGGAGGUCCGCCGAUCCCGCGGCUUUGGCGGCAAUUCGGCGGCGGGUACGCCAAAGGCAUGGGACUGGCAGAUCACCUGCAGAAACUCCGCUGAAUCCGCUUGACCAGUGGACCACCCGCAGAAGGCCGCCUGACUGCCGUGCUUGGGGCAGCAAAAAACAUAGAGCCGCCCCUGUGCCCAGCAAUACUGUAAGUGUUGUGUUUUCUAGAGGCACCCUCACUUUGUAUCUUGGAGUAGCCAGUAGGGUUGCUUCUUGAACUAUCCAAGAAUAGUUACUGUGUAGCUAUUUAAUUCAGUAGAUUAAAAGUGCCUAAUCAGAUAAUUAUCAAAAGAGUCGUUAGAAAAGCACUGACAAGCUUUUUGUAUUACAAACCACACUUUGUUACUUACAAGUUUAAGAAUUGAUGCAAAAUGUGUUCACUGACCAAGCACUUAACAAAUGUUGUUUAUGUUGUAUCAAAGAUUUAAAAUGUUAUAUAAUGCACUGAAACAUAGAUACUAAAAUUAUAUUUCUCUAAACCCA